AUGAACAACAUAAUUUAUUAAUUCCUGAAUUUUGUAUAUCAUGUGUUUCAAGAAUUGUUUAGCAGAACAGAACUAUCACCUCUUUUGUGGGCGAUACUUUUUUAUUCUGUAUUUUUUUUUUUAAGAGGAUGUAACAAAAUAUGUCACAAUUUUUGCCAUUUUGACACAGGAAAAUUACAAAAUUAAUGAAAAAUUAUAAGUUUGAUUUAUUAACAAUUGAGUCUAUUUUGUUUACAACGCAAUUAAGUUAUGUGUGAACUUCCAUCGUAUAAGCCUGAAGGUUUAACAAUGAAUUCCACUCCGGUUGCCCUGAAUAAGGCUGCGAUGCGAAAGUAUGAGGACCUUGAGGUCCCAUGCGAUUCUAUACUUGCCAGUUAUGUGUGGGUGGAUGGAAGCGGGAUCAACUUGCGUUCGAAAGAUAGGACUUUCGAUUUCGUGCCGAAGAGCCACAAAGACUUGCCGAUUUGGUACUUUGACGGCAGCAACACAUCGCAAGCUAAUGCCGACAAUUCCGACACGUUUAUCUUCCCGCAAGUGAUUUACCACGAUCCGUUUAGACGCGGCAGCCACAUACUGGUGCUCGCUGAUACGUACCAGCACAACUACCAGCCCACGGCAAGCAAUUAUCGAAAGAACUGCGUAAUGUUAUGUGAAAAAGGCGAAGUUGAAGACCCUUGGUUCGGUUUUAAUCAAGAGUUUUUUCUCACAACGACUGAUGGGCGGCCGUUGGGGUGGCCGGCUGGCGGGUUCCCGGCCCCACCUGGCCCAUACUACUGCGCUAUCGGGGCCAACAAAAUAGUCGCAAGGGACCUCAUGGAGGCGUUUUACAGAUGCUGCCUCUUUGCUGGAAUCCAAUUGAAUGGUAUAAAUCCUGGAACUACUCCGUCUCAAUGGAAUUUCCAGGUUGGACCAAGCCCGGGCCUAAGGGCUGCCGACGACCUAUGGAUGGCUCGGUAUAUUUUGGCUCGUUUGGCUGAAGAGUACGGGACAGUAGCUACGUUUGAGCCCCAGCCGGUACCGGAUUGGCCCGGAAACGGGACAUUUGUCUAUUUCUCAUCUAAAGAUAUGAGGGAAGAUGACGGUAUAAUAGUGAUCGAGCGUGCGAUAGAUAAGCUGGCUCGCCGUCACGGAGCACACAUCAACGAGUAUGACGCUAACAACGGGGCGGACAACGCUCGACGGCUCACGGGCAAGAAUGGGAUGCCGCACAUACGAGACUUUACUGCAGGUGUGGCGAAUCGCAGCUGUAGUGUCCGCAUACCGCGUCAGGUGUCGGAAGACAAGCGAGGAUAUCUGGAAGACAGACGACCGGCCGCCAACGCUGAUCCGUACCGGGUCAUAUGCAUCUUGCUCAGAACCUGCAUAUUUGAUGAAUAGUCUACAUUACUUUUAAGUGUUUUUGAUGAAAAUAAAUUUGUUUACAUUGUC